AUGGCGGACACAGCACCGGAGGCAGCCCUGCCCUAUCACGAGCCUGGCAUCGUCGCGAUCCUCAUCCUAGUCUCCUUCCUCCUGCUGCUCAAUGUCCUCAACCAUGUCGUCGACAAGCUCCUCUACUGCGGCCUGCUCGCCCAAAUCUUCCUCGGCAUCGCCUGGGGCACGCCCGGAGGCAACUGGCUGGGCCGCGAUACCGAACAUGCCGUCGUGAAACUGGGCUACCUGGGCUUGCUGCUGAUCGUGUAUGAGGGUGGUCUGCUCACUGACUUCACGGCGCUAAGGAACAACCUCCUGCUAUCCGUUAGCGUCGCCAUCACCGGUAUCGGCGUGCCUAUAGCGUUGAGCUUUGUGCUGUGUUCACUCAUGGGCGCUACUUCGCUACAGGCGUUUGCGGCGGGCGCGGCGCUAUGCUCGACGAGUCUAGGGACGACGUUUUCGGUGCUGUCGGCGAGUGGUCUUACUACGACGCGGAUGGGCACGAUCUUGACGUCGGCGGCGAUGAUGGAUGAUGUUGUUGGGCUUAUUAUGGUGCAGGUCAUUUCGAAUCUCGGUGGGGCGGCGACUCCGUUCACGGCGGUGGACGUGGUGCGCCCAGCGCUUGUGUCUGUUGCUUUUGUUGUGGUUGUGCCGAUUGCUGCGCGAUUUGUUGCGAAGCCGCUCACAGCAUGGCUGAAUCGUCGUCGAGCAGCCAGACCUGAGGGUCUCAUUCAUCGAGCGCUGAGCCAGCCUACAACUCCAUGGGUAGUGCACACGGCGAUUCUGGUCGGUCUCGUUACCGGAGCAGUCUACGCAGGAACAUCCGGACUCUUCGCCGCUUAUCUUGCUGGCGCAUCCAUCACCUGGUGGGAGACGUCGGUACCACACUUCGAAGCAACUGCACUACGAAGCUCAACCCCGUCAAGUCGCACUACGUCAGCCCAAGAAAACGAAUCACCUCCGGACGCAACUAGUGAGGCUCCUAGCAGUAGACCUACGCAAGCAACGCAAGGAAAUCUACUCAAUUCAACAGGCCAGCAAACAUUCGACCACUACUUUAAACCAGCUUUACAACGUGUCCUGAAGCCCUUCUUUUUCGCCUCUAUCGGUUUCUCUGUGCCCAUCACACGAAUGUUCAAUGGCACUGCCGUCUGGAAAGGCAUCAUCUACACGGUCCUCAUGUUCACAGGGAAAUUCGUUUGUGGGUUCUGGCUAAUGCGUCUUCCUGGCUUGUCUAGUCGAGUUGUUCUAACCAGGAAGAAGAAGACGUCGGAGGCGAAGGCUUCUUCUAAGCCAGAACCCGUACGGGCUGCUCCCGCGUCCGGUUCGAUAGACCAGCAACUUGCUAGCGUCGCUGCUGGUCAAGACUCGUCCAACAUUGAGCUCAGCAAGAUAGCCUCACCGUCCCAGAGCCCACGCCCACAGAGCAACGAAACCCGCCCCUUAGCCAAACAGCGCAAAAGCCGCACAAAGCAAAGCACCAAAGCGAAGCCUGACGCCAGCACUACCACUCCAAAACCAGUGUCUCUGUAUCCCGGCCUCAUCCUCGGUGGCGCCAUGGUGGCACGUGGCGAGAUCGGCUUUCUCAUCUCUGCCAUCGCUGAGACUGGCGGGAUCUUCGGUGAUGAGCCGACGGAGAGAUCUUCCUGGUUGUUACUUGGGCGAUUAUGCUUUGCACAGUCAUUGGGCCGUUGCUUGUUGGGUGGUUCGUGA